UUGACAUUUCUUUAGGCCGCUGCGGUAGAUAAGAAAAAAAUUCUUUUUCUCAUUUUGGUUAUAAAAAAUAAUUCUAGUUUCUAGCCUUUGAACUGUGUCUGUGCAGUGUGAAAUAAAUAAUUUCCAUAAGGCAAAAUGUCUCUAGCAAAUCGUAUUUUAACAUGUGCAAUUCGAACGAAUUACAUAAGAAAUCAUGGUUCUCGUUCCGCAUGUUACAUCCACAAAUCAUUCCAACAUGCACCUUCGAUUUCUUUAUACAGGGAUUCAAGAUUCAACUUUGCACGCAACUUAAGCUCUCAAAGUUCAGAUGAAAAAAUCCAUACAAUUAUUCGUGAGACAGAAAAACCAGUUGGAAGCAGCAAUAAGCAUGAAUUCCAAGCUGAAACUAGAAUGUUGCUCGAUAUUGUUGCUCGUUCGUUGUAUUCGGAAAAUGAAGUCUUCGUUCGAGAGUUGAUAUCAAAUGCAAGUGAUGCUCUGGAAAAAUUUAGAUACACCAUUCACACUGCUGGUGAAAAUGAAAAGAACUACGAGAAUCAAGAUCGUGCUCUGGAAAUACACAUUGGCACCGAUAAGCAAGGAAUGCAACUAAUAAUUCAAGACACUGGUAUUGGAAUGACUGAGGAAGAGCUUAUCAACAAUCUUGGAACAAUUGCUCGUUCUGGAUCGAAACAUUUCUUGGAACAAAUCAAAGAAAAAGGAGCUGCUGUUCAAAAUUCUUCAAAUAUUAUCGGUCAAUUUGGUGUAGGAUUUUAUUCAGCUUUUAUGGUAGCUGAUCGUGUAGAUGUCUAUACAAAAUCUUCCAAAGUAGGCUCGCCUGGACUUAGAUGGUCAAGUGAUGGAUCUGGAUCAUAUGAAAUUCAAGAAGCUGAGAAUGUUGCUUAUGGAACCAAAAUUGUUAUCCAUUUGAAACCAGAAUGUAGAGAAUAUGCUGAUGAGGAUAGAAUUCGGGCAGUUAUUAAGAAGUAUAGCAAUUUCGUUGGUAGUUCGAUUUAUUUGAAUGGAAAACAAGCGAAUGUUAUUCAACCAGUAUGGUUAAUGGAACCUAAAGAUGUAACUUUAGAACAACAUACAGAAUUUUAUAGAUUCAUCGGGAAUACAUUUGAUGCACCACGAUUUGUUUUGCAUUAUAAGACGGACGUACCUCUCAGCAUACGCGCUCUUCUCUAUUUCCCAGAAGGAAAACCAGGAUUGUUUGAAAUGUCUCGCGAUGCCGAUAUUGGUGUUGCUCUUUACACAAGGAAAAUUUUAAUUCAAUCUAAAACUGCGAAUCUACUUCCUAAAUGGCUCAGAUUCGUCAAGGGAGUCGUUGAUUCUGAGGACAUUCCUUUGAAUUUAAGUCGAGAGUUACUUCAAAAUAGUGGUUUAAUAAAAAAACUCAGCACAGUACUUACAAGUCGGGUAUUGCGUUAUCUACAAGAUCGUGCCGUUAAACAACCUGCCGAUUAUGAAGCUUUCUACAAAGAAUACGGUCUAUUUUUGAAAGAGGGUAUUGUCACAACCCAAGACCAAACAGAAAGAGAAGAAAUUGCCAAACUUCUUCGUUAUGAAUCUUCAAAGUCUCCCGAUACAAAAAUUUCACUAAGUGAAUAUUGUAGUCGUGUUGGCUUAGAACAAAAAGUUAUUUAUUACCUAUGUGCUCCAAGUCGUGUCCUUGCCGAAUCAUCUCCUUACUACGAGGCGCUUAAGAAAAAAGAUGUGGAAGUAUUGUUUUGUUAUGAGCCACACGAUGAAAUCGUUCUUAUGCAGCUUGGUAUGUUUAAUGGAAAAAAUGUAACCUCAGCUGAAAAGGAAAUGCGUCAGGAUAACGCAGAUGUUAGUGAUCUGGGAGAAGGAAGUUUAAGAAAAUCUGAAAUUGAUGAAAUAGUACCAUGGAUUAAGGAAAAACUAUCUGGAAAAGUUUCAGAUGUUAAAAUAACAAAUCGUUUAGAUUCGCAUCCUUGUGUUAUAACGGUUGACGAAAUGGGUGCAGCUAGACAUUUUAUUAGAACACAGAGUCAUCAAAUGCCCGAAGCGAAUCGAUAUGCACUACUACAACCUCAAUUCGAGAUUAAUCCAAGACAUACCAUAAUCAAAAAACUGCACAAGCUUAAAACAAGUGAUCCUGAACUAGGUGAACUAUUAACAAGACAGUUGUUUGUGAAUGCAAUGGUUGCAGCUGGUCUCGCUGAAGAUCCACGAACUCUGUUAAAUAAUAUGAAUGAGCUUUUAAGCAAAGCUUUGGAAAAGCAUUAAUGUUCUUUUAAGUUUAAGAAAAUUUAGUUUUUUUUGUAGAAUAAAUGAGCAAGACACAA